AUGCCUCCAUCUGACGCUGUGUUGCCAGCCGUAAAUCUUCCACAACUAAGACCAUGUGGACCAGACGAUAUACUAUGUGGAUCUCCUCGAAACGUUGAUUCUGGAUUACAGUCUCCAUGUGGACCUGGAUUGUCUCCUUGUGAUUCAUUCACCCCAGAUAUAUCGGUUCCGGCUGAACGCCUUCCACCUCUACCAUGCGGACCAAUCAAUCAACCAUGCGGAUCGGAAUUACCUUGUAAAUCGGAAACACAAUUAUGUAUGACAGAUCAACGGAUCCCAACUGUUGUUGAAGAAUUCCCUCUUCCUCAAGGGUGCAUGGACUCAGAAUGCAUCCCUUCAUUUCAACCCGAAGCAACAGAUGAUCGUCAGGAAUGGUUUCCAAAAUUCACAGAUUCUGAAUUGAAACCCGAACCUUGUAUUUCUGGAUCAUGUACAUUCAUACCGGAAACGUCUCCUGACGAUACUAGACCCUUCUACCCAGAUAUCCAUAAUCCAGACCCUUGUUUGAAUGGUCCUUGCUUUCAAGGUCAACAAACGCCGACGCAAAAAACACAAUUUAUUGAACAAACACACCCAUUCAUGGAAUGGCGGCAAACUUUUAAUGUGCCAACUGUUCCGGAAGUUCCUCGGGAUGCUUUGCCAUGCUCUCAUUCUGGAUGUCAAACAGGAUAUAAAAGUCAAGAUAUAUUGGCUACCGACACCAAGGCUGAACCAUGCGAUUCCCAAACAGGAUGUGACAGUACCUCGACAGAUCGAACAGGUAUUGGUAAAGCAACAGAACAAACAACAGUGCUGUGGUCAGCAUUGAUUGACCGCCUAUUCUACAGACUAGAACCAAUAACUGGGGUAAAGAGCAAAGAAGAAGUGCCGACCGAAGAACGGAACGCCCAGCAGCAGAGUCGCAAUUUUGACGGGGUAUCUACACCACAGACUCUUACGAAAGUAAUAAAUGUUAAUGACAGGUCAAAUGACCACAAUGAAUUAGGAACAACGAAACCUAAGACAUAUCUGUUUGAAAGAAAGGUAACCCAAGUCCAAACGGAGACGAGUCAGGUCGCUGAAAGCCUUCCGGUUAUACAAUUAGACGAGUCUGUACCAAACCGUCCGCAUCAUAGAAGGAAGGCAAAGAGAAAUCGCAAGAACAGACGACGCAGAAAAAAUAAAAGGAUACACAAGAAAAAAGACUUGAGAAAUGGUACUCUGGUCGGAUUAGAAGAUGACGGGAACCGGAAUUCGACAAUCGAGGAACGUAACAAUACACACAGAGCUGUGUUAAAAACCACAACACCACUUCCUGAUGACUACACUGUUGGUAUAUCAUCAACAGUUUCUUCUACCGAACCUUCUGAAAGGAGGAAAUCUAGCUUUGAGGACAAGAUCAAAUCAUUUCUUAAGGAGUUUAACAGGUUGCGUGGCCGACAGAGAAAUCAUAAACAGACUAAUCGACGCCAGGAUGAGAGACAUAGAAAUGAGGAACGCUCAACAGGGGAACGUCGUGGACAAGGCCGAAUUUGUCGGGACGACCUUUGUACAUCGUAUCGCAAAUCACUGCAAGCAGUAAAUGAGGCAAUUACGUCAAAGUUGUGUCCGCCUGGCUACCACCAACGCAUUGAAAGCGAUACAGUGUUCUGUCAAGAAGUGGGCGAGGAAGGCGUGUCUGUUCCCAUCCCAGUAAAUAAUCAUGAUCUUAUGGGUGUAACUGAGCGUUCUACACAGGCGGAAAUUACUCACAAUGCUAUCUCUUCAACAAUGGAUACCAGACCUUCAUUGCUUGGUGUUAAUACUUUGACCAGUGUGAGUGAUGACAAUGCUGGUACCUCUACACCGUCCAGUGUUUUUCAGGAACAACGGGUUAUCUGCCCAGCUGGUCAAGUCGCCGUGAAUGUUUUAGGUGGGGCUAUCUGUCAGUAUAAAGACACAGAGACAACGACACAGCCAUUUUGUCCCCAAGGACAAACUUACACAAGGUCUGGCGUUGGAUUCAUUUGCGCAGCCGUAGGGGAAAUCCGGCCUGUUUGUGGGAGGGGAACUACCUUAACUCAAAUAGAGGGUAGAUUUGUUUGUGAAGAACUUACUUCUACAUGUGCAUCUGGGCAAAAACGAGUGCUGACCUCUUCUGGAUGGCGAUGCAGAAGUAUAACAGAGUUUGUUCCUUGCCCUGAAGGUCUUGAACCCAUCGAUACGCCAGUGGGAAGGUUAUGUCAAUAUAGAGGCCACGAUAAAAUAUUACCUCCAAGAUGUCCCGCAGGCCAGGAACCAGUCCAAUCUCAAACUGGGUACACUUGUAACAAUAAGACCCGAACAAACCAAGCUUCCCCAAGGAAAUGUUCCCAUGGAUUUAUUCCCUUGGAAACGACAGAUGGGCUGAAAUGUGUCAAAGAUCCUUCUCUGAGAUUCGGAAUGACUUCUUGUCCGGUAGGUUUCAUUAUAGUACGAGGUGAAUGCAAAUCCGUCGGUAUAACUGAUAACCGGGGCCUGGAACCAUGUCCCCUAGGACAAGAGGCUGUAUUGUCAGACAGCGGUCAGGUAUGUCAAUAUCGAUCAACUAGUAGCCGUAGUAACAAUAAAAAACAAGGAAACUCAAGCAUUCGUGAAUCAUCACCAAAUAGCCCCGAUAAUUUGAAUAAUGACAACAAAGGGACCACCGGCACUUCGACCAACGACGAAGGAAACCGUAGGCAUGACUCCAAUAGAUAUAAUGGCAACACAAUAACAAAUUGUCCACAGGGACAAAUAUUGACCCAGAAGCGAUCUAGGUUCGUUUGUGAUGUCACCUCCAUUGAUGUCACAGAGUGGAUAUGUUCUCCAAGGGAGGUAAUUGUGCAACUUACAUCUGAACUAGCCUGCGUGGAACACACACAGACGGCAAUUGUUUGCGGGGAUGACUUUGAACUUGGUUGGAGUAAUAAAGAUGACAAGUUCACAUGUCUCCAUUCCUCAACAAUACGACCUGACGAUGUCCCCAUGGUAACACAACCAUCCGAGGUCACGAGGACAACACUGGUUUCCCCAUGGAGAGAGGAGCCGUGUCGGGUAGGAGAGAUUUUACUCAUGGAUGAUGUAGGACGGCGAUGUGUUGUCUUACAAACUAAUGAAGGGUUAUGUGGUGACAAUUAUAUUGUUCAGACUCUUGAAAACGGGCAAAAAAUAUGCAAAUCUCGGACAAUGAAAUUGAAGUGCCCGGAUGGGUAUGAGCUUGUGACGUCCGGCCGAACAACAGAAUGUAUUCCCACGGGAGGAUCUGCAGUUCCACUGAGUCCCUGUGAAGACAACUACAGUAUUAGUAAUGAUGGUGAAGAGGCCGAAUGUGUCUUGUCGUCUUUUGGGACUGAUUGUUCAAGAAAUGAGACCGAUUAUUGUGGACGGAGUUUGGAGUCUUUGAAGAUGGAUUGUUAUCCCCAAUGUUCUAACGGAGGUGUUUGUGCAGACGGAUCAUGCAUAUGUCCGCCAGGGGUCACUGGAGUUGCCUGUCACCAAGAUGUGGAUGAAUGUCAACUGUUACCAAGAGGCCACUGUCAGUACGACUGUAGGAACACGUUCGGAAGCUAUCACUGUGUCUGUCCAGCCGGUCGUGUCAUUAAUGCAGACGGACGCACGUGCAAUGAUGUUGAAUGUACUCCAGAAUGUCUCAAUGGCGGUUAUUGCCGAGCUGGUACUUGCUACUGUGCAGCGGGAUUCGAGGGAACAUUCUGUCAGACAGAUAUAGAUGAAUGUGCACGUCACUCGGGGCUAUGUCAACACCACUGCCGUAAUACACAUGGCGAUUACGCAUGCGUCUGUUCUCCGGGAAGCAGACUCCGGCAAGAUGGGAGAACGUGUGUCAAUACAACAUGUGUACCCGAGUGUAGAAACGGAGGUGUGUGUUUCCAGCAAAGGUGUCAGUGUCCACGAGGGUACCGUGGGGUCACGUGUCAGUUAGAUAUUAAUGAGUGUUUAGAAUGGCCUUGCAGUCAUAUAUGUAGAAAUAUCCCAGGAAGUUACGUCUGCGCAUGUCCAAUUGGAUAUGAAUUGAAUGCUGACCGACACACAUGCUCAAAUUUAACUAUCACAGAAACAUACUGAGAUUAGUGUAAAUAUACGUCAUCUCUACAUCUUAAUGCUAAUUACGAUUAGUUAAUAAGAUAAGAUAUUGACAAAUCAAUGGCACUCAACAGCUCCGUGGAAACAUCAGUAAAAUAAAAAGGUACCAUCAGCUCGCGAACAGCUACCAGUUUGAUGUCUGCUGUUAACAGUUGUAGUUGUCUUAGGUAUGUCAUGUUGAUAUGAUAAAGAUACCGAAAAACGCAAACAUGUUGAAUAUAGAUAUUAUGCUAGGGUAUUUUUGUCACUUUCAUAUUCACCCUUCAUAAACAUUAACGCAGCAGUCAGCGGCGAAAUUUAGAGAGGUAUUGUAUAAAAAGUUUCAGACACGUCGGAACAAAAUAGACGUUGAUUGUUUUAAAGAUUACAAAAGUGGUUAUUUCAAAUGAUUGGAGCUUAUGCAAAUCUGAUCCUAUGCUUUCAGUUGCCUCUUGAAGUUUGAUAACCGGAAGCUGAUGCGUAUAUUUGAUUUCAUUUCUAGAGAGUCCAUAAUGGUUGAAAUUUGUUAAAGAUAACCAAACAUAGGACAAAGUAACGGACUUGAGAAAAAGUGGUGUAAAUAAGUUAUAUGUGUGUGGAAAGUAUCCAUCAUCAAUCGUGAAUAAAUAGUAUAAUUUGUC